ACCGGAUAAAAUCCAAAAACCUUUUACCACUUAUAAAAAAAAAAUUCAUAUUCAAAUGGAAUUGUAACUUGAUUCAAGUAAUUUCCUUUAAGAAUCUUCGGUUGAAAGUGAGAUGCCAGCCAUGGCAUAGAAAAAGAUGGAUAGACAAAACGAAAAAGAGAAGAAAACAACACCACUAAGCAAAAUCUUUUGGAUGAUUUCUGCCAAAAUUAAUUUUGCAUCAAACAAUCUUCUUUCUCUUUUCUAUCUUCUUCUUUAAACUUGUAGUCCAAAUUCACUUCAGCAUACUUUUACUUAUUCUUUGUUUGUGCUUGUAGUAGUGGACAAGCAUGUAGGAGUACAGAAAAGCAAUUUCACAAGAAAAGUUCUAGCAAUUUGUAGAGACCUAAAGAAGAAACUACUGCUUUGGGGGUAGCAAUUUUAUAUAUUUUGUAUCAUCCCUUAUAAAUUAGUGUCAUGAGUUAUCCUUCUGGGUUGUUCAGUAUCAGAGUCCAAGCAAAUCAUAUUUGCAGUGCAAAAACCUGGAAAUAUAACCUCAGUUUUCCAUAUGCGUCCCACGGAAGCAACCCAUGGUGCUCUGGCUUCCCCUCCUUAUAAGAGAUCAGCAAGCAAUACAAAUGAGGAUAAAGUUCUUCACCUGGCAGAUUCGAAGGAUGCAUCAAUUCGAUGUCUUCCCUUGUACAAAGCUCUGGAUAGUGGUGAUUUGGAAGCUACCAAGAAAUUCCUUGACCAACAUCCGGAUGCAGUGUCCGGUAGCCUUUCCAUGGAAGGAGACACACCUCUUCACAUUGCUGUCAUAGCUGGUCAUAUAGACAUUGUUGAGGAGUUGGUGGGGCGCAUGUCUGCUCAAGAAAUAGCAGUUAAACAGAAAUUAGGCUCAACAGCCCUUAAUUUCGCUGCCAUAGGGGGAGUAACAGAGAUUGCUGAGUUACUGGUGAAAAAGAAUAGAGAUUUGCUUAAAAUUACGAAUGCUCGUGAUCAGAUUCCCGUUGUUGUGGCUGCUCUCUAUGGACAUAGAGAUUUGGUGCACUAUCUUUACAUGGAAACUCCGAUUGAAGAGCUUGAUCCAACUAGUCCAAGUCAUGGAGCUCUUCUUCUCACUGCUUGUAUUAUUGAUGAAUUUUACGAUAUUGCUUUGGAUAUAGUCCAGCGCUGCCCGCUAUUGGCAAUUGCUGAAGACACGGAUAAAGACACGGCAUUCAAUAUUUUGGCUGAAAGACCAUCUGCAUUCCCAAGUGGAACUCAACUUGCACUUUGGCAACGGUGGAUAUAUAAAUGUAUUCAAUUACAUCCACAAAAGGCCUUUCUCAAUGCUUCUGGAGAUAUUGAAAGGCCUCAUGAAGGUACAACUCAUCAAAGGAGCUUGACUAACCGAGCACUUCACCAACUAUCAGAAAUAUUCUGGAAAGUCUUAAAACUUUCUGUCCCAGGCUUUACAAGCAUAUAUGAGUUAAAACUGACACACCUUCAAGCCAAAGAACUUCUAACUUGUAUUUGCACAGAGGUAUCAAAUUUAGAAGAUAAGUUAAAAUUUGAAUCUCUGGUAAAAAGAGCACUAUUUGAAGCUGUUAAGCAAGGGAUAGUUGAGUUUGUCACAGAGAUCAUGAAACAUUAUCCUGAAGUAGUAUGGUUCUGGGAUGAAAAAGACCGGAAUAUAUUUUUCGUUGCAACCGCUGAACGCCAAGAAAAGAUUUUCAGCCUUAUAUAUAAAAUGGGUGCAAAGAAAAACUCCCUGGCAACUUAUUGGGAUAAGGAUUUUAACAACAUGUUACACCAGGCUGCGUUGUUAGCUCCUUCCUCUCAGCUUGAUCGUGUUUCGGGUGCAGUUCUACAGAUGCAAAGGGAGCUUCAAUGGUUUAAGGAGGUGGAGAGUGUUGUACAACCCAAGUACAAGGAGAUGAUCAACAUCCAUUAUAAAACACCCCGAGCUUUCUUCUCGGAUCAUCAUAAGAAGUUAGUAGAACAAGGGGAAAAAUGGACCAAAGAAACUGCUAAAUCUUGCACAGUCGUUACUGCUCUAAUCGUCACCAUAAUGUUUUCAGCAUUGUUUACAGUGCCUGGUGGAUAUGACAAUUCAGGCGUUCCACUCUACUUGAAUAGCAAUUCAUUCAUGAUUUUCAUAAUAUCUGAUGCAUUAUCACUUUUUACUUCCACAACUUCAUUGCUUAUGUUCUUAGGAAUCCUGACAUCCCGGUACAGGGAAGAAGAUUUCCUCCAGACUGUGCCUACAAAAUUGAUGGUUGGGCUUUCCAUGCUUUUCUUCUCCAUAGCAAGCAUGAUGACAACCUUCGGAAUCGCCUUGUUCCUGGAUCUGCGUGACCGAAUACCAUGGGUUUCUUUUCCAAUUAUUUUGCUUGCUAGUCUUCCAGUUACCCUUUUCGCCCUGUUGCAAUUCCCUCUCCUUGUCGAGAUUUUCAUUUCUAAAUAUGGACCUGGAAUCUUUGACAAGCCAAAGAAGCCCUGGUGACGAUCAGGUUCCACCAGGUCUUCAACACGUUGCGUUCGUUAGCUGAGAGCUGCUGCGUCAGUGAUACUACUAAGCAACAGGAUUUGGAUGCAUUGGUUUAUCAUAUGCUGUUUUCUUCAUAAAUUAUUUUUUAAAUUUUGCUUUAUAUAUUUUGGUCGAGAAUAAAUAUGUUUUGGGUUAGGAUUUGCUGAUAAUGUAUUCACCA